UAUAUAUAUAUAUAUAUAUAUGAUUUUUUUUUUUUUACAGCUUAUCGGAUAUAUUGGUCUUAGGUAGGGCCUGCGAUUCUGGUAAAUACCACGUGUUGCAUAUUACACUAAUUACGGUAUCGACUACCCAUAAUAUGGAAAUUCAUUUAAAACCAUACCAACAUUACUUUCGCAAAACAUGUUUCAGUUGUUUUUACAGAGAAAACAAGUAUUUUACUUGUAUAUAUUUUUGUAAGUGUGAAAUUUUAAAUGUUUAAAUAUUGCGACAAGUAUCCUGUCAGAGUACAGAAUGAUGGAAUAUGUGGGAGACCACUAGAACGUUGACGUGAAGCCUGGAUUUGCUAUUUGCGCUUCUAUUAAUGAGUGGUCAUCAAGUGAUAUGCAUGCUGAUAUCUUGUGGGACGGAGACCGACUGUCUGUAAACGUACUCUACCCAUGCCAUGAUUUAAAAGCGCUUAAAGCAUCUUGGUCACGUGAGCGAAGUAUAGCUACUGAACCCUCCCCCCUUCCGCCGGACGCUUUCAGAUCAUACGGCUCAGUGUUCCUCGUUCCGGUGCCAUGUGAAUAUGUCAGCAACAAUUCAAUAAUAAAAAAAAAAAGCUAAAACCCCACCAGAGUCCGUUCAGUCAUGCAUUACCACUGCCCUGCGAAGUUCACUCCGUCGCGUGCGAGAAAUCUCCCUGGUUGUUUACAGCAGUUUCAGUUCAAAUGCGACACGUGGUACGAUCGCUCCGCCCCAUCCACCUUGCGCUUAAAAACGGCACAUUCUCUCCUAGCCAAUGAGCGGCCGCGGUUCUCCCACGUGCGUAUUGUUUAAACUGCUAAAGCCUUUUAGUCCUUUUUCUCCGAUUGAAACUUUCCUCAGUUUGAUGAUGGCGGCCGCCGUAUCCGUUGGUUCGGCAGUUCGGGAACAGAACCCCAAUGCCGUGACAAAUUUCAGCACCCGUCCGCCCUAUGGUUAUGACGCUGGCGCUGGACGAGAGGACUGGACUUCUGAUGAAGUUAGAGAGCCGGAAAGAAAGUGUGGUCACGAAGAUGCGUCCGUGGCCGGGGAGUGUCCCCGGAGGGUCGAAGAGGAGCUGCCGGCGUUGAGCCCGGAGGAGAUUGAGAGCCGCUUGGAAAAGACUCGCCGGGAGUUUUAUAACCGGCGGAAAAUCAUAAUUAAAAAUCUCCCUGCUGAUAUUACCAACCAGGAGGUGCAUGAGCUUUUGAGUGGCUAUGACCUUAAGUACUGCUUUGUGGACAAGUAUAAGGGGACAGCCUUCGUCACACUGCUGAAUGGUGAACAGGCACAGUCAUCCAUCAAGGAAUUCCACCAGCAGACUCUACGUGAGCGGGAGAUCUCUGUGCAGCUGCAGCCCACCGACACCUUAUUGUGCGUGGCCAACCUGCCACGCUCGCUCACCCAGCUGCAGUUCGAGGAGCUAGUGCGGCCUUUCGGCAACCUGGAGCGUUGCUUCCUGGUACACGGCACACGCACGGGCCACUCCAAGGGCUACGGCUUUGUGGAGUACAUGAAGAAGGACUCUGCAGCCCGUGCCAAGUCAGAGCUGCUGGGCAAGCAGCUGGGCUCGCGCACGCUCUACGUGCACUGGAGUGAGGCGGGCACGCUCACGUACCCGCUGCUGCAUUCCCGCUGCCUCUGCGUGGACCGGCUGCCCCACAGCUUAUUGCAUGCCCAGGACCUCCGCCAGGCCCUGGCCGACACGCACAUGCCCGUCUUCUGCGAGCUGGCCCAGGGGCAGGAUGGAAGUUUCCGUCGCUUCGCGGUGCUGGAGUUCGCUACCCCAGAGAUGGCAGAGGAAGUGCAGAGGGUGGCAGACGGCCGAGCUCUGGGCGGGACCCACAUCCGCGUGUCUUUCUGUGCGCCGGGACCACCUGGCCGGAGCAUGCUGGCUGCACUCAUUGCCGCCCAGACAAUGGCUCUGAACAGAGGGAAGGGUCUCCUUCCAGAACCCACAGCCAUGCAGAUCCUGACUGGCCUAAACAAUCCUGCUGCCUUGAAGAUGCUGCUGGCACCACUAAGCCAGGGAUUCCUUGGCCCAGCCCCUGCGGUGCCUCUGCUGGCCAAUCCUGCCCUGUCAGCAGCUUUGCUGCAAAUGCUGCUGCAGAACCAGGCCCAGAUCCAGCAGACGGGAAUGCUGGGAGACGGUCCUCUGGUAGGGGUGCAGUCUCUUCAGCCCGCGAUGAGUUUGCUGGGUGACCUGCCUACAGGGGGUGCCAUGCUGCCACCUAUCUGCCUUCCUUCCGACCCACCGGGGCCCAUCAAGCCCCCAGCCCCUAGCCGACCCCUCCUGAGGGAUCUGGAGUCUCCAGCUGUGCCCUGUGGUCUCCCUCCCACAUCUUCUCCUGCCCUGCAGGGCCUCACCUCUCCUCUACUGGGAAGCCUACUGGGGGGAGAGGGGACUACAUCCGGGGUUAGUGACUGCAAGGCGUCCCUCCUGGGUGAGCCGCCCAAAGAGGUUCCCCUUGCCCAGAACCCCUUCCUCAACAUGCAGAGCCUGUUCCCUUCAGGAGGAGCAAGUAGCAGACCUCACCCCUACAAGAAGAAGGCAGGGAACCUGUCACAGAUGCGUGGUGGCCCAAGUUCGGGUUUUGGUGCCCGCUAUCAGGACAUAUAUUCCCAGCACUCUGAGUACACAGCGGUCCAUCAGGACCCCCUGCUGUACCCAUAUGAGCCUAUGAGUAUGGACCCCAACGCCCUUCCUGGAUUUGGACAGUUCCCGCAGCAUCCUGGCCACAGCGACCACCCCCUGUACACCUACCCACCCAGCCCCCCUUAUUCCACAUAUUUCAGUUCAUCUGCACCAGCCCCUCGCACAGCCCAACUUAACAAGGCUGUGGGCAUGCCCCCCCUGGCCCAGCCAACCAGUUUGUACCAAUCAGAGAAUGUGCUGAAGACCCCAGUCGGGGCCCAUAAACGCUUGUUCUCACGGCUCAUACCAUCGCCGGAGCCCAGCCCAGAGGGCGGCUAUGUUGGCCAGCACUCACAAGGCCUGGGGGGUCACUAUGCCGACUCCUACCUGAAACGCAAGCGCAUCUUCUGAAGGUGCCCUGGGUAUUAAGUUAUGCUGACUACUGGUCAGCACUCUACCAGUGACCUCCAGGGGGUGCUGUAGUCCUCGGCCCAUUGGCAUCCCGCCUGCUGCUGCUGCUGCUGCUGUUCUCGUAGCCCUGAGCUGACAUGUGCCAGCCAAUGGAAGGGAUUCAUUUCACUGUGGAUGUAUCUUUUUAUUUUGUGAAUGUAUAUAAUUUUUCAUUUUAAUUAAGUUUUUAAGUUAAUUUUACUUUGACUGUCUUUAAAGCCUGGGUUUUUUCUUUGUACUGAAAUGAAAUUGUUUUCCUGCUAUUCUUUGCCAAUUUUUUUUU